AUGAGGGCCAUAGACCGACAGAGCUUCAGCACUCUAGAUUCUGUGGCGCACGUCUGGAGAACGCUUGAACUGCCUAGCGAUGCUCUGAGGUCGCUGAAACUUGUCGAGGAUGCCAAUUUUUUCUCGUCUUCAUUCAAGGUCGGCCACCUUGCCCAUGCUUCUAUCGUUCUCUCCGCACUUGCAGCGGCCCUGCUGUGGUCUACAAAAGCUAGCAAACCAGUACCCGUGGUUUCGGUUUCAAGCGAGCAUGCAUGUGCCGAAUUCAUAUCUGAACGACUGUAUACGCUAGACGGGAUACGUCUUCCGUCUCCAUUUGGAAAACUCGGAGGACUUCACAAGACUGCUGACGGGUACGUUCGGAUGCACGACGGCUUUCCUCAUCACUUGAAUAAUGCUCUCAAACUCCUUGGGCUUUACCCGUAUCAGCUCCACCCGACGAGGGAGGAAGUAGCAAAUAAGAUGAGAGUGUUCGAAGCCGUUGAGCUCGAGACAGCUGCAUUCGAACACGAAGCUGUUAUUGUGGCGCUGCGUUCAUUCCAAGAGUGGGAUAUACUUCCUCAGGCUAAGGCUGUUGCGGACUUCCCUAUCAGAUUACAGAAGAUUCGUGAAACAAGCUCACCCGUUCCUCUACCGUCGGGUGCAGAUGCAAACAAGUAUUGCUUACGAGGUGUGCGCAUCGUGGAACUGAGCCGCAUCAUUGCGGCACCAGUAGCUGGAAGGACUCUAGCCGCCCAUGGUGCAGACGUAAUCUGGGUGACCUCGCCGACCCUGCCAAACCAACCGGAGCUUGACAUCGACAUGGCGAGGGGAAAGCGCACGGUACAGCUUAACAUCAAGAAGCCUCAAGACAGGGCGCAACUGCUUGAGUUGAUACGCACGGCGGAUGUCUUUCUUUCAAGCUACCGACCGGGCAGUUUAGCUGCGCAGGGCUUCUCAUCGGAGGAGCUUGUAGAAAUCAAUCCAAACUUGGUGAUCGCGACUCUGAAUGCUUGGGGAGAAGAUGGCCCUUGGGCAAAGAACCGUGGGUUCGACUCGCUUGUACAAGCAGCCUCUGGUUUAAAUGUUGCAGAAGCAGAACAUUUUGACUUGGAGGAACCGUCGAAAGUCCUUCCUUGUCAAGCCCUUGAUCACGGAUCUGGCUAUUUCCUGGCUACUGGAAUCAUGGCCGCACUAUAUAAGCGCACAAUAAGUGGCGGCGCCUAUGAGGUGCAUGUUUCGCUCGCUGGAGUUAUGAAAUACCUCCGCUCCUUGGGCCAGCUGCCGAAGGAAUCCCUUGAGGACCGUGGAAGCCCUGGCUCCGAGGUCACCGAAAAGUACAUGGAAACAAGGGCCACCACGCUGGGUGUGUUGAAGGCCAUUACACACUCGGCAUCGAUCAGCGGGGUUCAUGUAGGAUAUGAGGAUAUGCCGAAACCUCUUGGAAGUGAUGAUCCAACCUGGCCACCUUCCAAUGCGAACUAG